CCGCUGUUUCCUUCUCUCGGACGCGCUUGAGCGAUCUGCAGCCGUUGCCUCCAGCCAACAGCUCCUAUGGCCGGACGCGGCGGCUUUCCCCUGACUCCGCCGCCCCCGGAGGGACCAUCGGCGGCUGUCUCGGUGGCAGCGGGCGUCCCUUCUCCUGCUAUCCCAGCACCGGGCAGCGGGCUUUUGCGAGGACCCAGUCCUGCUGGGGCUGGUACUUAUCGGCCCAUGGGCCACGGACCUCAGUUCCAACGUCCUGGAAUGUUGCCCGGUGGAAGGAUGCCUAUGGCAGGAUUACAAGUGGGAUCCCCUUCAGGCUCUCCAUAUGGUACAGCCUCUUCAAUGAGACCUGGAAUGCCACCAUCCCUGAUGGAUCCCUUCCGAAAGCGUCUACUUGUUCCUCAGGCACAACCACCUCCAGCACUUACACAAAGGCGAGGAUUGAAAAGGCGGAAGAUGGCUGACAAAAUCCUGCCACAGAGGAUUCGUGAAUUAGUUCCUGAGUCUCAGGCAUACAUGGAUUUACUGGCUUUUGAACGCAAGCUGGACCAGACAAUUGCCCGCAAAAGAAUGGAAAUCCAAGAGGCAAUCAAGAAACCUUUGACGCAAAAGCGGAAGCUGCGUAUUUACAUCUCUAACACUUUUACUCCUGGCAAAGAGGAGUCUGAGGGUGGUGAGCGUAUAGCCUCAUGGGAACUUCGUGUGGAAGGCAAACUUCUUGAUGAUCCAAGUAAACAGAAGAGAAAAUUCUCAUCCUUUUUCAAGAGCUUGGUUAUUGAACUAGACAAAGAAUUAUAUGGACCAGACAAUCACCUCGUGGAGUGGCAUCGGAUGCCAACAACCCAAGAGACAGAUGGCUUUCAGGUCAAGCGCCCUGGUGAUGUGAAUGUAAAAUGCACUCUGCUUCUCAUGCUGGAUCAUCAGCCUCCUCAAUACAAGCUAGAUCCACGUCUGGCUCGCCUUCUUGGUGUCCAUACCCAGACCCGUGCCAGCAUAAUGCAGGCUCUAUGGCUCUAUAUCAAAUAUAACAAACUCCAGGACUGUCAUGAGAAAGAAUAUAUUAACUGCAACCGCUACUUUCGCCAGAUCUUCAACUGCAGCCGUAUGAGAUUUUCUGAGAUUCCAAUGAAACUGGCAGGACUCUUACAACAUCCAGAUCCCAUUGUUAUCAAUCACGUUAUCAGCGUGGACCCUAACGAUCAAAAGAAAACAGCCUGUUAUGACAUUGAUGUGGAAGUAGAUGAUCCUUUGAAAGCCCAAAUGAGCAACUUCUUGGCCUCCACAACUAAUCAGCAAGAAAUUGCUUCCCUGGAUAUCAAGAUUCAUGAAACAAUUGAAUCUAUUAAUCAGUUGAAGACACAACGAGAUUUUAUGCUGAGUUUUAGUAAUAAUCCUCAGGAUUUUAUUCAGGAGUGGAUCAGAUCUCAACAAAGAGAUUUGAAGAUUAUCACAGAGGUGGCUGGGAACCCAGAAGAAGAGAGACGGGCUGAUUUCUAUCAGCAACCAUGGAUGCAAGAAGCUGUUGGACGACACAUCUUUGCAAAGGUUCAGCAGCGCAGACAAGAACUGGAACAAGUGCUUGGUGUUCGCCUUACUUAGUGCUGCCUUCUUUUGCAGUUCUUCCACACUUCCUGGUACUUUGGAAUCUUAGCAGAGCUUUUGCAGUCUUGCAAUGCAGGAACCUGCUCCUCAAUUUUAACCAAAGCUUUUGUCCAUUCCUGCCAGUUUUGCUGGCAUUUAAUCUUUGCACUAUCUUUUUGUUGGGCUGGGGUACAGUUGUUUCCUGUAGAAAGUUAGUUAACAUAUACUUGGUGGUGGCCUCUAUUCCACUCUAUGCAAUUGAUAUUCCACAAUAUCACAAAGGGGUCGGGGUCGGUGCUCAGAUAGUGCUAUGCUGUUAACAACAAUCAUUUCCCAUUAAUAUAUACAUGUGUGUGUGUGAUUUACAACAGUGGAGAAUAUAUAUUUUAUGGCAAGGUUACAAUGCUAGAGGAAAUAUUCUUGGGGCUACCAGCCAAAGGAUAUAGGUAGUAAUUUCCUCAACCUUCUCUAAUUUCCUUCAAGUGCCUUCAUUUUCCAGGCUUUUGGGCCCUCAGCACUUAAAUCUUUCAAAGAUUAUAUCCCUGCUUCCUGGCCUACCCCUUUAUAUAGUUUGGCUACGUAGAAGCUGAUGAGAUGUUUAUCUAUAAGCAAGUAUGUUACCAAUUUCUAUGUUAAUUUUUUUUUAAAAAAAAACAUUUUAGCAGCAACUGGUGCUACAAAUCUUGUUUUUCAGUUCCUUAGGAUGUUGGUACAUUAAAGCAUGUGGUACCCAGACUGGUGUGUUAAAUUGAAUUUUUUAAAUGAAAGAUACUAUAAAAUAGAAAGAGAUGAGUUUACACUGCAUAUCCCUUGAGCAGCACUGUGUCCUAUUGAACCAGAGUUCCCCAACCUUUCCAGCAUUGUGGACCAGCAGUGGGGAGGGGAUGGUUCCAGGCGAGUAUCUAGCAAGCACAAAUAUGUACUCCAUUUGCACUUUCACAAAUAGAGCACGUUUCCCUGCUGCUUGUGCAGGUGGGGAUGUGCACAUGCGUGUUUGCCCAUCACUUCCAUGGCAUAGUUUCAAAUGGUUGUUGGGAUCCUUUGAUGUAGACUGCAAAAUUAUUUUUCAUAUGCAGAAUGCUUAAAAGUAAACAAUUGCAACUAUAUUGAAUACAUGAAAUCAUCUAGUUUUAUGUCUGAUCACAACACAUAUACAGCUGGUUCUGAAUGUAAUGAGAAGACUACUUUGAAGUUGUUAAAAAGAUCAGUAGUUCCAAAGUAUUGUUCAGCAACACAUUAGGAACUCAUCCACAUUUACAAUGGCAUAUACAUGAAACUUUUAUUAUUACUUUUGACCAUAGUUCAAGGAUGCCUUAAGAAGCCUCUUCCCUGAAAGCUUAGAUUUUGCUAUGAGUCCACUAAAUUCAGUUCUUAGGCUCCCAACAAUUGCAUGUCCUGAUUUACCGCACACAGGUUUGUAGUUUUUAACAAAAACAGCCCAAUAAAUAGUUGCUACUUAGUUUAUUGGAGGGGAAGGGGAACAGGAUGGGGAAGCAGGUUCUCUAUCUCAAAAUUACAAAGUUUAAUUUUGAACUACUUUCAAAAUUUCACAGUAAUUAAUUAUUUAAUUAAAUUUUCCUUAUGGUACAAUUUUCACUUCAUAAAGCAAAAGAACCUAUUUAGUUAA